AAAAAAUAUAUAACAAAAUAGUUUUAUAAUUGAGUAAAAAUACCGACCUUAGGAAUAUUAGUCAUAACGUUAAUCUGUCAUUUCAAAUUGAUUUAGUUGUAAAUCGGCAAAGAUUCGUUUGUUUUUAAUGUACAUUGUAUAGAAAUGUUUAUUUUCAAAUAUAAAAAAAGAUAAAUGUUAAAUUUGAUAUUAGUUUUAAUAUUUUUAAGUUUCAAACUAUUUCUGUACUAAUCAAUAGCAAUCUAUUAAAAUUAAAAAUAAACGAUUUUAUCUUCGAGUGUGAAGGAAAAAACGUAUCGGAUUGAUAAAAAAAAAUAUUUUCACUUUUGUAGCCUACAAGUUGUUUAAAAAACUUUUUUUUCCCAAUAACAAUGACCAAAGAUGAGUAGUGGUAGAAGAGAAGCGAAAAAACCUUGGAUCGAUACAUUUACAUCGUUUUUAGAAAAAAACAGAGGUUUCGUAAUCCUGUUUUUCUGUUUACCAGCCAGCUUCGUUUUCGAUUUAAUUUUGAUAUCUAAAAAGAUGCUACUUCGAAAAUUCUUCGCCGAUCCAAAACUAGACGAUAAACGCGUACAAAUUAUACAGAGCGAAGUGAAAAAGUGGAAUUCGUUACCUAAAUACCAACGGAAACUAUUAUGCACCUCAAGACCGAACUGGAUGAGUUUAUCGCUAACUUUUUUCAAAAAAGAACACUGCCACCGAAUCGACGUCGACCUCGACGACAUACUGGAACUAGACGAAACGAACAUGACGGUCAAAGUCGAACCGAUGGUUACCGUCGGAGAUAUAACCAAAUAUCUGAUACCGAAAGGCUAUACUUUGGCGGUAACCCUAGAAAUAGCGGACGCCACGUUGGGCGGUUUGGCGAUGGACGCCGGAAUGACGACCCGCUCCCAUAUAGCAGGUUUAUACCACGAAAACGUAAUUUCCUACGAAGUAGUACUGGGAAAUGGGAAUUUGGUGACCGCUUCCCGCACCGAAAACAAAGAUCUGUACGGAUGCCUCCCGAUGUCUCACGGCAGCUUGGGAUUCGUGGUAUCGCUCACGCUUAGAAUAAUAAAAACCAAACAAAUCAAUUACGUGCCGGUUAAGGGGCUGAACAAUUAUUGCGACAUGAUCCGAUUACUGUCCGGCGACAAGGGACCCGAUUACCCCGUAGCCGAUUUCGUCGAAGCCACCAUUUUCGAUAGGAACGAAGCCGUCGUAAUGACGGGAACCUUCUCGGAUUUCGAUGACAAUUUGAGGGUCAACAACGUGAAUCGCUGGUACAAACCUUGGUUUUAUAAGUACGUCGAAACGUUUCUGAAGAAGGGCAAACAUACGGAGCUGGUCCCUUUGGGGGAGUAUUUGCUGCGUCACAACAGGGCCAUAUUUUGGGUGGCGGAAUCCGCGAUUCCGUUCGGUAACAACGUUCUGUUUAGAUUUUUGUUCGGUUGGUCGCUGCCCCCCAAACCGGCCUUCCUGAAAUACACCACGACGCCCGCAAUCAGGAAAUCGACUAUAACGAAACGAGUUUUCCAAGACGUCGUGCUUCCGAUAAGGAAAUUGGAAGAUCAGAUCGAUGUUUCCGAGAAAUUGUUCGGUGUUUAUCCGCUUUUGGUGUAUCCGUGUAAAAUUUUCGAUCGGGGAUUCGGUUUCGGUCAAUUGAAACGGCCCCGCGGGGAUUAUCUGGUGGACGGUACCGAUUACGCCAUGUACAACGAUUUGGGGAUCUACGGAGUACCCGGUUACGUUAAGAACCGCGAGAAAUACAAUCCGGUGGAAGCUAUUAGGGAAAUGGAGAAAUUCGCUAGGGAUGUCGGGGGAUUUUCGUUUUUAUACGCCGAUAUAUUUAUGGAUAGGGAGGAAUUCGAGCGGAUGUUCGAUUUGGGGUCUUACGAGAUUGUUAGGAAGAAAUAUGGCGCCGAAGAAGCUUUUCCUCAUUUGUACGAUAAAGUCAAACCGGAAAUUGAUGUGUUCGAAAUUGGGAGACUGUGUAAAGUCGAUUGAAUUUAGAUUAGUAAUUAUCUAAAUAUUGGGGAAUGCGGCAAAUUUUGGAAAAAAUAUCGAACUGUAGGUUUGUUCUUGGUAGUUGCACUGGAACUGCACUAAACCGGACUGCGAGCAGUACGGUGAACUAGAACAUCGAC